GCCGGGGCGGCGCAGCGCGGCUCCGCCCGGGGCCGGGGCGGGCGGCGCGGAGCCAUGGUGCUGGCGGCGGCGGCGGCGGCGCUGGCGGCGCUGGCGCUGCUGCAGCGGCUGCUCUGGCCGCACCUCUGGGCCGACCUGGCGUUCGCGGCGCGGGCGGCGCGGUGCCGGCGGCGGGCGGCGGGCGGCGGCGGCGGCAGCCUGGCGGCGCGGUUCCUGCGGGCGGCGCGGGCGGCGCCGGCGCGGCCCUUCCUGCGGGCGGCGGGCGGCGCGGUGCCGCUGGGCGCGGCGGCGCGGCGGGUGGCGCGGGUGGCCAACGCGCUGCGGCGGCGGCCGCUGCGCGGCGGCGGCGAGCUGGGGCCCGGCGUGGCCGUGGGGCUGCUGGCGGGCAACGAGCCGCGCUUCGUGUGGGGCUGGCUGGGGCUGGCGGCGCUGGGCGCCCGGCCCGCCUUCCUGGGCACCGCGCUGCGCCCCGCCGCCCUCCGCCACUGCCUGCGCGCCUGCGGGGCGCGGGCGCUGCUGGUGACCCACGACCUGUUUGCCGCGGUGGAGCCCAUCCUGCCCAGCCUGCAGCAGAAUGGCAUCACGGUGUGGGUGCUGGGCGCUGGGCCCUACCCGCCCGGCGUCGUCGCCCUCCAGCCGCUCCUGGACCAGGCCUCCGAGGAGCUGGCGCCCGAGGACGUCUGGGCGCCCGAGGACAUGAGCGACACCUGCCUCUACAUCUUCACCUCGGGCACCACCGGGCUGCCCAAAGCUGCCCGCGUCAGCCACCUCAAGUCCAUCAUGUGCCUGGGCUUCUACGAGCUGGUGGGCGCCCGCAGCGAGGACGUGGUCUACGUGGCGCUGCCCCUCUACCACAUGGCCGGCUCGCUGCUGGGCGUCGUGGGCUGCAUCGGCAUCGGGGCCACCUGUGUGCUGAAGCAGAAGUUCUCAGCCAGCCAGUUCUGGGACGACUGCUGCGCCGAGGGCGUCACCGUCUUCCAGUACAUCGGGGAGCUCUGCCGCUACCUGGUCAACCAGCCGCAGCGCCAGGGCGAGCGGGAGCACAGGCUGCGGCUGGCGGUGGGCAGCGGGCUGCGGCCCGACGUGUGGCGAGCCUUCCUGCGGCGCUUCGGGGCCGUGCGCAUCGUGGAGACCUACGGCAUGACCGAGGGCAACGUCACCCUCUUCAACUACACGGGGACGCCGGGCGCCGUGGGGCGCAGCAGCUUCAUCUACAAGCUCUUCUCGCCCUUCGAGCUCGUGCGCUACGACGUGGCUGAGGGGGCCCCGGUGCGGGACGCGGCCGGGCGCUGCAUCCGCGUGCGGCCCGGCGAGACGGGGCUGCUCAUCGCCCCCGUGACGCCGCGGACCCCCUUCCUGGGCUACGCCGGCAGCCGGGAGCUCUCAGAGCAGAAGCUGCUCCGGGGAGUCUUCGCCGAUGGUGACACCUACUUCAGCACCGGCGACCUCAUGGAGCAGGAUGCCGCCCAGUUCGUCCGCUUCCGCGACCGCACUGGCGACACGUACAGGUGGAAAGGUGAGAAUGUGGCCACUACCGAGGUGGCCGAGGCCCUGGUGGCCCACGCGGCCCUGCAGGAAGCCACCGUCUACGGUGUCAGCGUGCCAGGCCACGAGGGCCGCGCCGGGAUGGCGGCCCUGGUGCUGCGCCCCGGCUGCCGCCUGGACGGUGCCGGGCUCUACCGGCACGUGGAGGAGCUGCUGCCGCCCUACGCCCGGCCCCGCUUCCUCCGCCUGCAGGAGCGCCUGGAGAUGACGGAGACCUUCAAGCAGCAGAAGGUGCGCCUGGCCCAGGAGGGCUUCAACCCGGCCCGCGUCCCCGACCCGCUCUUCCUGCUGGACGAGGCCGCCAAAGCCUACGUGCCGCUGGGCCCCGCGCGCUGGCGGGACCUCAUCACCGGCCGCCUCCGCAUCUAGGCGCUUCCCGGGGGCCCCGCGACGGCCCCCGCCCCGGAACCCAGCGGCCCUGCGCCCCGCUCCUUCUGCGUGCAAACGCACCCACUUUUUAUUUUUCAGGAUAAAUAAAGACUGUUUUGUAGCAA